AUCAGACCAAAACCCUCCCAAAUUCUUCCUCUUAUACCUAGUCUCCGAACCAGGAUCAAUCCAACUAGGAUUAUCUGACUCAACAGACCCCUCUUCACUCACAUCACCCUCCACAGCAACUGUCUUAGCAUACCUACUCUGAUUAUCAAGAGAGAAGUAAUCAGACCUUAUCAUACCUUUCGUAUCCCCUUCAAUCCCCUCCAAAUUCCUCUCCGGACUCACCCGGUCCAAAUGUAGUAACAAGCGACAUGGGUGAGGUUUGCUCUACAAAUGUUAUGGGUAAGGCUUCUCUCUCUUAUUUCCCUCCUGAGAUGGUUGACGGAAAGCCAGUCGUGAAACUGCCUAGCUCAGUCUAUCAAGAAGGAAUCAAAUCUUGGGAGAAUUGCCUUAUUGGGAGUUUCUUGGGUAGUUCCUCUCCGAAUUAUGGUGAUAUUGUAUAUACAGUUAAUCACCUCUGGGGCAAGAAAGGGAAAAUCUUAGUUACUGGUAUGGGUAAUGGUACUUUCCUGUUCCAGAUUCCUGAUAGUGCAACUAGAGAUUGGGUUCUAAAUUCCAAGAUUCCAUGGCAUGUAAGGCACAAGAUCUUGAUUCUACGAAAGUGGGACCCUAAUGCAGUGCUCUCCAAGGCCAAACCUGCAAAGAUGCCAAUCUGGGUUAAGGUAUGGGGUGUGCCUUUGUCUCUUUAUACGCCUAAAGGUCUGAGCUACAUUGCUAGUGUAAUUGGGCGACCUUUGUCUCUCGACAAGGCUACUGAGCAGCGUACUCGUGUUAAUUUUGCCCAAAUAUGUGUUGAAGUAGAUGUUGAAAAGAUUCACACUCUUCCUGAGUCUGCACCUAAGAAUUUCAUUAUGGUUUCUGAUUCUCUGUUGCCUGGAUGGACUGCACUUAACAACUAUGAGCAUGCCAAAUUAGGAAGAAUUUGGGUAUUUCAUAGACCCCAUAUUCACAUGUCUAUAUUUAGUAUGCAUCAUCAGGCCAUUCAUUGUCAUGUAUUCAAUUCAACAACUGCUCAAUAUCUGUUCUUGAGUGUGAUAUAUGCUGAUCCUUAUUCUAUUGAUCUGAGGCAAGAUUUAUGGGGGGAGCUAGUAGCCAUAGGUCAAGCUUUGCCUAAUGUACCCUGGUUAGUUGGGGGAGAUUUCAAUGAAAUCAGGGAUUUGUGUGAGAGAUCAGAUUGGCAAUCCAUUUCUUGUCUUCCGAAGGAGUCAGAGGUUUUCAAUAAGAUGCUUAAUGAAGUUGAAAUUCAUGACUUGCCCACUGCUAGCUCAUUCUUUACUUGGUCAAAUAAGAGGAACUUAGACCCCAUUGCAAAAAAGCUAGAUCGUUUAAUGGUAAAUGAGUUCUGGUUCGAUGUCUUCCCCAAUACUACUGCAGCAUUUCUACCACCAGCUAUGCAAGAAAUUGAGAGCUUUGAAAUUAGUUCUUCGGAAGCUAAAUAGAGAGCACUACUGUGAUUUGCAGAAUAGAUUACAACAAGAGAAAAGCAAGCUACAUAUUAUACAAGCAGAUUUGUUGGCAUCUCCUCAUGAUGCUUUAGUCAGUAUUGAGCAUGAGCAAGCUCAGAAGGUGGCUGCUUUGCAACUGGCAGAGGAGUCCUAUUUUAAGCACAAAUCAAGGAUUCAAUGGCUAAAAGAGGGUGAUGGCAAUACAACCUAUUUCCAUAA